CUAGUCAUAAUAAUGCAAGCGACUACUUCUUCUCUGCAGAGCAGUCAUUUAUUUCCAUAACCAUUGAUAUACAUAGUAUAUACUUAGUAUACUCAUUCAUUGUUCACCAAACCUUAUCUCUUCUUCUUCCUCCUAUCUUCUGCUACUUCUCACGGGUUCUGCAACUUUUUCUUCUCAUGAUUUAAUUAAUAUAUGCUUCUUGUUCUAUAUUAUUCAGGCAAUUUUUUUUUGUUCGGGUAAUUCAUCAUGGAGGAGAACAACAACAUCAACAAGAAGCUUUUGAGUAAUGGAGAUACUGAAAUACAAAAGGAGGAUGAGAAUUUGAGAACCAAGGUAGUUGUGGAGUCGAAGAAGUUAUGGGUUGUCGCCGGACCAGCCAUUUUCACGAGGUUUUCGACAUUUGGGAUAUCGAUCAUCACCCAGAUUUUUAUAGGACACAUGGGUGCUGUUGAACUUGCAGCUUAUUCUCUCGUUUUCACUGUUCUCUUAAGAUUCGCUAAUGGCAUCCUGUUGGGAAUGGCAAGUGCAUUAGAAACUCUAUGUGGGCAAGCAUAUGGAGCGAAGCAAUACAACAUGCUAGGAAUAUAUCUUCAAAGAUCUUGGAUCGUUUUGUUCAUUACUGCACUUUUUCUUCUUCCCGUCUUCCUCCUCACUGCACCUAUACUUAAGCUUCUAGGACAAGAAGAAGAAAUCGCUGACGUAGCCGGUUUCAUCUCAAUGUGGACAAUUCCUGUUAUCUUCUCGUUCAUAUUUUCCUUCACUUGUCAAAUGUAUCUCUCUGCUCAAAGUAAGAACAUCAUCAUCGCUUACGUGGCUGCUGCUGCGAUUGUUGUCCAUAUCGCUCUCUCAUGGCUCUUAUGUAUUACGUACGAUAUGGGUAUUAGUGGUGCAUUGAUAUCCACCGUUAUCGCAUAUUGGAUCCCAAAUGUGGGACAGAUUUUGUUUAUUACAUGUGGUGGGUGUCCUGAUACAUGGAGUGGCUUCUCGAUGCUUGCUUUUCAAGAUCUUUGGCCAGUUAUAAAGCUGUCUCUGUCAUCUGGUGCCAUGCUUUGUUUGGAACUGUGGUACAACUCUGUAUUGGUUCUCUUAACUGGAAACAUGAUAAAUGCUAAAGUUGCCAUUGAUGCUCUUGCAAUCUGCCUAAACAUUAACGGGUGGGAGAUGAUGAUAUCUCUUGGUUUCUUGGCAGCAGCAAGUGUGAGGGUGUCCAAUGAACUCGGUGGAGGGAGCUCGAAAGGAGCCAAAUUUGCAAUAAUGGUGUCCACACUUACAUCACUGACAAUUGGGGUUGUGCUGUUUGUGUUUUUCCUGUUUUACAGAGGACAAUUGGCGUACAUAUUUACGACGGAUGAAGCAGUAGCAGCAGCAGUUGAUAAGCUAUCACCGCUUCUUGCUAUCUCUAUACUUCUUAACAGUGUUCAACCUGUCCUCUCAGGGGUUGCUGUUGGUGCUGGAUGGCAAAGUAUCGUAGCUUAUGUGAACUUAGCCUGCUAUUACUUGGUCGGAAUUCCACUUGGAAUGGUCCUCGGUUACCUUAUCAAUUUCCAAGUUACAGGGAUUUGGAUGGGAAUGUUAGUUGGAACAGCAGUUCAAACAGUUGUACUUGUUAUUAUUACCUGGAGAACGGACUGGGAUAAUCAGGUUGUUGUGGCUAGAAAUCGUGUGAGGAAAUGGUCUACACCUGCAAUAGGAGAAAGAUCUCAAACAAAAGGUGCACCGCGUGUUUAGAAUUACAUCUAAUGACGGAAUGCAAGAUUUUGCAGCGGUUGACUGCUCUGAGGAUUUUAUCCUCGGUUUUGAGUCGUUAAUGUUAGGAUGUAAUCAAAACAUCAAAUCUAAUCAAUUCGUCAUUCGUUGUAUUUUGAGUUCGAAUAGUUUAACCUGACAAAUCUAUCCAAUUGUGGAAUAUUAGUUUUGAUACCAUUUUCGCACCCAUGUACAAAAUCAAUCCAACUGUUUGUACAUUAUUGCAUAUUUGGAGUUUGAAUGCCAAAACGGUGCUCCCAUUUAUUAA